CUGAUGAAGAAGCUCAGAGGCAUGCAGCUGCCAUAAGUUGUGAGAUCUGUCGGUGUAGUUUUACGGAUUCCAAUCAAAAAGUAGCUGACCAUGAUCAUUUAUGUGGAAAAUUCAGACAAACACUUUGCAACACAUGCAAUCUCAAGCUUCGCACACCGAAUUUUUUACCCGUAUUCUUUCAUAACCUCAGCUGCUAUGAUAUGCACUAUAUCGUCACUCAACUAGGAUAUGAUGAUAAACCAAUCAAUAUUAUACCAACCAGCGAGGAAAAAUAUAUAGCAUUUACAAAAUAUAUCAAAAAUAAUUUUUCAAUCCGAUUUUUGGACUCGUGUCGUUUCAUGCCGUCAAGUCUGUCUACAUUGACCGCAGAUCUCGCUAAAGCAGGACUUUCAAAUUUUCGGGAGACGGCCAAAGUAUUUUGCCCCGAAGACAUGUCAUUGGUAACGAAAAAAGGCGUUUUUCCUUAUACCUUCGUCGACGGUUGGUCUAAACUUGAGGUCACCAGCUUGCCAGCUCGUGAGGAGUUCUUCAACUCACUCACGGGCGAUCAUAUUAGUGUAGACGAUUAUAAACAUGCAGUGCAAGUAUGGGAUCACUUUAAAUGUGAUACCUUGGGGGUCUACAGCGAUAUAUACAUGAAAGUGGAUAUAAUGACACUUGCCGAUGUAUUUGAACGAUUCCGUGACUUAUGUAUGAGUACAUAUAAUUUAGAUAGCGUGUUCUACUUUACAAGUCCUGGGUUGAGUUUUGACAGCAUGUUAAAACAUAGCAUGGUACAGUUAGAUUUAUUGAGUGACUAUGAGAUGCAGUUAUUAAUUGAAAAUGGAAUUCGUGGAGGUCUCGUGCAAGCUUGCACACGAUGGGCUCGAGCGAAUAACCCUAAAACACCCGGUUAUAAUCCAAACGAUCCGACUUCAUGGCUGGUUUACCAAGAUGCUACAAAUUUAUAUGGAUAUGCUAUGAGUCAAUACAUGCCAUGUUCAGAUUUUAAAUGGUACGCCGGAAGUGGGGAGGAAGCACUGAAGGGUUUGGACUCGAUGACGGAAAAGUCUGAAGUGGGCAUGUUUUUUGAAGUAGAUGUGAAUUAUCCGACCAGCUUACACAAUGAUCAUAACGAAUAUCCAUUCCUCCCCGAGCUCAAAUGUCCACCAAAUUCUAAAACAAAAAAACUACUUGCUACACUGGAAAAUAAAAAAAAUUAUGUAAUUCAUUAUAUGAAUUUAAAACAAGCGAUUGCGAAUGGUCUGACGGUUGAGAAGGUACAUAGAGUUUUACAGUUCCGCCAAUCACCUUGGCUUGCUUCCUAUAUUGAUCUAAACACUCAAAAGCGAAAAUGCGCAUUAAAUGAUUUUGAAAAAAACUUUUUCAAGUUGAUGAACAACGCUGUAUUUGGUAAAACGAUGGAAUCGAUGCGAAAGCGUGUCAAGAUUGAACUUGUUUCCAAUCCUCGGAGAAUUCAAAAAUUAAUAAACAAACCCACCUUUAAGCACUGCACUACAUACAACGAUAACCUUGCAGCUAUUUCUUUGGAGAAUAAGAUAAUAAAUUUUUGUAAGCCAGUAUACGUAGGUUUUGCGGUGCUGGAACUAAGCAAAGUUUUGAUGUACGAUUACCAUUACAACGUUAUGCGCAAGCAUUUUAAAGAUGCUAUUGAAUUCAUUUAUGGUGAUACAGACUCACUUAUAUAUUUAAUAAAGACCAAAGACUUUUAUGAAGAUGUCAGAAAAAAACCAGAACUUUUAAAUCGGAUGGAUACGUCAAAUUUACCACCUGAUCAUCCAUGUUACUCAGUAGAACGCAAAAAAGUUCCGGGGACAUUCACUGAUGAAUUAGCCGGUCUUACGAUGCAUGAGAUAAUUGCAUUGCGAUCAAAAUUGUACGGGUUCAGCAAAGAAAACAUUUAUAAGUCUCUGGAAACAGAAUGGAAUACAGAAGAAAAAAUAAAAGCUAAAGGUAUAAGAACUUAUGUAACUCAAAAACACAUGGUUCUUGACGACUUUAAAAGAUGUCUUUUCGAUGAUGACAGUGAUGAUGAUUUGGACAUUUACGGUUUAAAUAAAGCAGAAGCCAAAAUGAUUGCUCAUAAUUGUGCUCUUAAGACCGUAGAGUAUGCUCACCAUGACUUAAAUACAGCGGGUAGUACAUCCUAUCGCUACGAUUAUACUCCAUACAGAGAGAAUAUAUCUAUACGAUCAUUCAAACAUCAAAUUUGUACCAUCAAAACAAUGAAAUUAGCACUAAACCGAAAUGAUGAUAAGAGGAUCAUACUUCAUGACAGAAUUCACACUUUAGCGAUUGGUCAUUAUAAAAUCAAAGAACUUCAAGAGGCAGGCGGAUUAUAAGAAUGCAAC